GAGUUGUGGUCCUCCGAGGGUGAGGCGGCUGGUCCUCCGGCGGUGGCGGGGAGAGUUGGUAUAUGAGGAGAAGCACCGGCACAGGGCGGGCACUUUGUCGGAGCGUCUCGGCCUACGCUGCGGAGAGGAGAGGAGAGGGUAGAAUCGGCAACUGGUAUGCCAACUACGAAAGAUAACCAACACGAAAUGGGAACAGCUUUCAUUCAACGCCAGCAGCUGCAUGCUGCCAUGGCUGACACCUUCCUGGAGCAUCUGUGUCUAUUGGAUAUAGACUCUGAAGCAACAACUGCACGAAACACUGGCAUUAUAUGUACCAUUGGCCCUGCGUCGAGAUCUGUUGAGAUGCUAAAAGAGAUGAUCAAAGCUGGAAUGAAUGUCGCACGGAUGAAUUUUUCACAUGGAACACAUGAGUAUCAUGCAGAGACUAUCAAGAAUGUCCGUGUGGCCACAGAAAGCUUUGCUGACAAUCCCAUCACCUAUCGGCCAGUCGCCAUUGCUUUGGACACAAAGGGACCUGAAAUCCGCACUGGACUUAUCAAGGGAAGUGGGACUGCUGAAGUUGAACUGAAGAAAGGAGCCAUACUUAAAAUCACACUUGAUGAUGCUUAUAAAGAAAAGUGUGAUGAAAGUGUGCUAUGGCUAGACUACAAGAAUCUGCCUAAAGUGGUUGAGAUCGGUAGCAAAAUCUAUGUGGACGAUGGCUUAAUAGCUCUCCGUGUAUUGGACAAAGGUGCAGACUUUGUUAAUACUGAGAUUGAGAAUGGUGGUUUCCUGGGCAGCAAAAAAGGUGUCAACUUGCCAGGAGCAGCUGUUGACCUUCCUGCAGUUUCUGAGAAAGAUAUCGAAGACCUAAAAUUUGGCGUAGAGCAAGGAGUAGACAUGGUGUUUGCCUCUUUCAUCCGUAAGGGCGCAGAUGUCAAUGCCGUGCGAGAAAUCCUUGGUGAGAAAGGAAAGAAGAUCAAAAUUAUCAGCAAAAUUGAGAACCACGAGGGAGUUCGUCGGUUUGAUGAGGUCCUGGAGGCCAGUGAUGGCAUUAUGGUUGCUCGUGGUGACCUGGGAAUUGAAAUUCCCGGUGAGAAAGUAUUCCUUGCUCAAAAGAUGAUGAUUGGACGUUGUAACAGAGCUGGCAAACCUGUCAUCUGUGCUACUCAGAUGUUGGAGAGCAUGAUCAAAAAACCCAGACCCACCCGAGCUGAGGGCAGUGAUGUGGCCAAUGCUGUGCUGGAUGGUGCAGAUUGCAUCAUGUUGUCGGGAGAAACCGCAAAAGGAGAUUAUCCCCUUGAGGCUGUAAAAAUGCAGCAUUUGAUUGCUCGAGAGGCUGAAGCUGCCAUGUACCACAGGCAGCUAUUUGAAGAGCUACGCCGCUUGUUUCCUCUUUCACGAGAUCCAUCUGAUGUGGCAGCCAUUGGUGCUGUGGAGGCCUCUUUCAAGUGCUGUGCUGCAGCUGUGAUAGUGCUGACUAAGUCUGGAAGAUCUGCACACCUGGUGUCCAGAUACCGCCCACGGGCUCCCAUCAUUGCCGUAACACGUGAACCUCAGACUGCACGUCAAGCCCACCUGUACCGGGGAAUUUUCCCCAUCCUCUUCAAGCCUCCAGCUGAUGCCGUCUGGUCUGAUGAUGUGGAUCACAGAGUGAACUUUGCGAUGGAAGUCGGCAAGGCUCGGGGCUUCCUCAAGGCGUGUGACCUGGUGAUUGUACUGACCGGCUGGCGCCCAGGAUCUGGAUCCACCAACACUAUGCGUGUGCUGCAAGUGUCCUGAGCGUGGUGGGUAGGACUUGAAUCUGAUGUCCACUGCAGUGUCACCUCCCUCUAGGCAGCUGUAGCUUUGUGUACUGCAGAGCACCAACACUUAAAGCAAAUUAAAGCAAAUGUAUCUUCCUUGUAACAUGUUCUGCUCCUGAUUUUGCUCUGCUGUGUAGCACCAGGCUGCCUGAUGUAAGACUAUAUGAUGCUUCAUUUGGUGUACUGCAAGUACAUCUUACCCACACAAACCUUUAUUUAUAUUUUGGUUAAAAAUCGUGCCCAAUAAUACAUCCCGGUAUUGGUGCAUUUUUAGUUCCGAAUUAUAUAGAAAUUGUUUAAAUCCUUUCUGAUUCUGUGUGUCUGAUAUUGGGCCUGAUAUCAUUCUUGGUGCAACAUGCUGUUGUGAAUUUUAGGAGUAGGAUUCAGUUUAAAUGUUGAAUGUUUGCAAAUCACAUCAAUUAAAAACUAGCUUACACAGUG